AUGGUAAAGAAAAGCUUCGUCUCAAUGCCUUCAACAUUUUAUCACGAUUUUCAAUGUGGAAACGACGACAAUGAAGUUCAGUUCAUUCAAAAAAUAUUUCUUCGCCUGCAUUCUUUCAUGUCUUCAAGCGUUUUCACUCUAAGGGACAACAUGACUAAAGAAGAACAUGUUCUGAACUUCAGAGGCACUGACACGACUUACUGA